CCUGUUAACAUUAGCUAGUCCGUGGCCUGACAGGAGUCUCCCCUCCUACUCUGGCCAGUCCCAGUGUCCCGGGCCGGGGUCUCCCCUCCCAGUCUGUUGGACGGGGGCGCUGAGGCGGUGGCCAGGCCUGUCUGAGGAAGAGGGUGGGGCGUAGGCUAAAGACAGCCAAUAGGAGAGAAGGAAGCCACAAUUGGCGGCCAUGAGCGCUAAUGGGAGAUCGCCUUUACCUUGCGGAGUGCCGCCCUCUUCUCUUCUCCCGCCUCCUUCCUUUUGGAGGAAGGCGGGGCCAGAGGACUGAAGUGUGGGGAGAACUUGGGAAAUAACCAGAAGCAUUCUUUGUGUGUCACAGAUGUAGCAGAUGGAGAAUGAAGAAAUAAUUAAAAAGCUCUGCUCUACUUUAUGAAAUAUGGGAGACGACAGACCGUUUGUGUGCAGUGCCCCGGGCUGUGGACAGAGAUUUACAAAUGAGGACCACCUGGCAGUUCAUAAACAUAAGCAUGAGAUGACACUGAAAUUUGGCCCAGCCCGAACGGACUCAGUCAUCAUUGCAGAUCAAACACCUACUCCAACUAGAUUCCUGAAGAACUGUGAGGAGGUGGGGCUCUUCAAUGAACUAGCUAGUUCCUUUGAACAUGAAUUUAAGAAAGCUUCUGAUGACGAUGAAAAAAAGGGUGCUGCUGGGCCUCUUGACAUGUCUCUGCCUUCUACACCAGACAUCAAAAUCAAGGAAGAAGAGCCAGUGGAAGUAGACUCAUCACCCCCUGACAGUCCUGCGUCUAGCCCCUGCUCCCCGCCACUGAAGGAGAAGGAAGUUACCACAAAACCUGUUGUGAUCUCUACUCCUACACCCACCAUCGUACGUCCUGGCUCCCUGCCUCUCCACUUAGGUUAUGAUCCACUUCAUCCAACUCUUCCUUCCCCAACCUCUGUCAUCACACAGGCUCCACCAUCCAAUAGGCAAAUAGGAUCUCCUACUGGCUCCCUCCCUCUUGUCAUGCAUCUUGCUAAUGGACAGACCAUGCCUAUGUUGCCAGGGCCUCCAGUACAGAUGCCUUCUGUUAUUUCGCUGGCCAGACCUGUGUCCAUGGUGCCGAACAUUCCUGGUAUUCCUGGCCCACCAGUUAACAGUAGUGGCUCCAUUUCUCCCUCUGGCCACCACCCUAUGCCAUCAGAAGCCAAAAUGAGACUAAAAGCCACACUGACCCACCAAGUUUCUUCAAUCAAUGGAGGUUGUGGAAUGGUGGUAGGAACUGCAAGCACCAUGGUGACAGCCCGUCCAGAGCAGAACCAGAUCCUCAUCCAGCACCCUGAUGCCCCAUCCCCUGCCCAACCACAGGUCUCUCCAGCACAGCCCACCCCUAGCACUGGGGGUCGGCGACGGCGCACAGUGGAUGAAGAUCCAGAUGAGCGGCGGCAGCGGUUUUUAGAGCGUAACAGAGCUGCAGCCUCCCGAUGCCGCCAAAAGCGGAAACUAUGGGUGUCCUCCCUGGAAAAGAAGGCAGAAGAACUUACUUCUCAGAACAUUCAGCUGAGUAAUGAAGUCACAUUACUACGCAAUGAGGUGGCUCAGUUGAAACAGCUACUGUUAGCUCAUAAAGACUGCCCAGUCACUGCACUACAGAAAAAGACUCAAGGCUACCUAGAAAGUCCCAAGGAAAGCUCAGAGCCAACGGGUUCUCCAGCCCCAGUGAUUCAGCACAGUUCCGCAACAGUCCCUAGCAAUGGCCUUAGUGUUCGAUCUGCAGCUGAAGCUGUGGCCACCUCAGUCCUCACUCAGAUGGCCAGCCAAAGGACAGAACUGAGCAUGCCCAUACAGUCACAUGUGAUCAUGACCCCACAGUCGCAGUCUGCGGGCAGAUGAUGCCUCCCAUAAUGGAGAGGUCCCCAGCCAGAGCUCGCCCGCCUGAGCCAAGAGAGAGAUCAACUUACCCCUCCUGUCUGCCUUGGAAUUGGCAGUAUGGAGAGGAAGAAAUUGUGUGUUGUGAGUAUGGACAGAUGUGGGGCUUUUCUCUUUAGCCACAUGAUCAUGUACGAUUAACACCUGUACUAGGGGCUUCUGGCCCCAAAACCACAUAGAUCAUCCCCCAAGGGUAGGGUUUCUUAUGUACCUACAGCCAAAGGCCUUUCAUAUGGUCUGAGCAAUCAUCCCUGGCCCUGAUGCAUGUGUGCCUGUCUCUAACACUAACCCUUGCACUAAUAGGUUUGGGGUUUCUCAGUGUCCUCUCCUCCCAUUGAGCUGUGGCUGUUAUAUUCUUAUUUCUUACUAGCAUGCCACUUCCUGCCAGAUAGAGGGAGACGAGAUUUGAUGGCCUGUUACUUGCUGACCCAUCCCCAGCCACCCCAUGCACUCAGGACUUUGUCUCCCAAUAGCUGCUUAUUUCUCUCUUUUCCCCUUCCUAAACUGCAGUGAAAACAUUCACUUGUCGAGAAUGUAAUAUAUUUAAUGGUAGCAGUGUUUUCCACCUCUUCUAUGUGCUUUAUUCCUAUCUGCUACCAAACACAAACACAAACAAAAAAGGCAAAACUCUGAGAGUUUGAAUCAUUUUUUCAUUUCCAAAUCUAUUGGUACCUCAUUUUGUCUCUUGACUUUCCUUAGUCUAGUGGUGGGGUCUCUCCUACUUUCCCACUAUGCCUUGGGAACCUCAUCUUGUGGCCUUAUUGUUAGUGGCAAUGAAAAGGGAGAGAGCUGGGGAUCUAACUGGGCUUCCUUGUCUCCUUCUCUACCCUCCAGUUCUAAUCAUCAGGGCAGAUGGGAACAGUGUAACUUAAAACUUGUUCCAUCAGGUUACUGGAUUAACUGAUUCUUUUAUGUUUUACAAGAGUUUACUGGCCAAAGUCUACAUACUGUCAUCUUUGGUCAUCUGUGCUCCUGCCUCUCUACUUUGCUUCCCUGUCCACAUCACUGCCUGUUCCCACUAUAACUACUUUAGCUCAGCCCUCCUAGGAGUUGUCAAACAGAAGCUGCAUCCAUUCUCCAUCCCUCCUACAGCUCUCAGUCUCCCUUCUUUUCUAAGGAAUGUCUUGUAUCAACCAGUGUCCAGAACUCUCUUACCUUCCUUCUCUUUUCCCUCACCCGGUUCUUAGCCUACCUACUAGGUGUCUCUAGUCCUGAAAUUUCAUUGAACUUGUCCACGGUACAGGCUCCAGGGCUCUGAAGCGUCAUGGUUGAGGUCAUGGGUGCUUUUGCAUAUAAGACUGAGUGGAGAUAGAAGGUAUACAUUUUCCUAUAUAUAAUCUCAGCAGAGCACUCAGGAUAUGGCCUGUCUGUGAGAUUGCUGUCUGUGGCUGUUGGCUGCCCUUAUUUUAUGGGUUACAGAGAGAGAAAUGCACCCCUCCUCUUCUUCAUCUUUCCUUGGCUCUGAGCUAUGCAGGUUCUUCCAGAGCCAAAGGCCUGUGGAUAGAUAGGUCAGCUUUAAUAGCUCUUGAGUUGAGAAUCCUCCCCGUUGUCCCAGAACCACCUUCUGCCAUCUACUCAAGCCAAGAGUCCCUCUUAUCUAGCUCCAUCUUAAAUAUGCAGAGUAACUGCUUGCUUCCUUUUUUUGUCUUCCAAAAUUCACUGUCAUGGAGGAAUGAGGAAAUGUUGUAGCUUGUAUGAUUAUUUCCUCAGAGUUUAGACUAAUGAGCCCAUCCUGUGACAUGUUUGUGGUUUUAUGUAAAUUUCCCCCCUACUCUUUAGAGUCAUUGCUAAACAGGCCACACCCAAUAAAAACUAGGAGCUGGUUUUAUAGUCUACCACAGGGGCUUAGCAGAAACAGCCUCUGAGAUGGCAAGGCUAGCAAAUGUCACAGCAGAUGGUUAAGGGCAGGUUACCAUCUCCAUGAGUUUCACAUGGCAUUAGAAACUCACAGCCGUAGUUUGAGCUCAGGACUUCUUUAGAUGGCUGCUUUCUGGGAUUUUUUUUUCCUGCUUAUGAAUUUUGUUUCUUCUUUUUUUUAAUUGUCUUGACUUCUCAGUAGCAGCAUUACACAAAAACAUAACUGAGCUUAUAGCUCCCAAAGACCCUGAAUAGACCCUUGACUAUUUUCUUCCUCCAUCAGUCAGGUGUUAAAUCAGUAUAACCUGCCAGUCUGUCCUGGGUUGCAUGUCUACUAUAUGUGGACGUUCUUUAGGUUCUUUUUCACUUUCUUGACCCUCAUGUCUGCUUCUCUAGAGUCUUUGUUUUCAUAGUAGGAAGUUAGUAUUGGGGACCUGAAUGAUGCAGGGCACCACCAGAACCAUCGCAGGAAAGCAGCACUGAAAUUAGAAACGGGCAAGACAACCCCAGAUGCCUUGGUAGUUGGUUCUCAGCUUCACGCUAAGAAAGCAGAGUAACUGCUUAUGCUGAAGUUUUCUCUUACACUCAAGGGGGUCAUCACCUACAUUAUUGCUGCCAGUGGUCAUAGCCCUGACCUUUGCCUUCCAGACUUACACGAACCAGAACUAGAUACCAUAGAGGAUGUCACUAACCCUUCCUGACAUCUCACUAUGAUGUGUCAUAGAGGGGUCUCUGGUCAUGUCUAUUUGGGGUUCAAUAUGCCUCUUGUGUUUGAAUGUCAAUUCCUGUCCCUAGGUUUAAGAAAUUUUGUGGUAUAAUUUCAUUAAAUAAUUUGACUAAUUCCUUUUGAAUUUAUCUCAGGCCCUCCUUCUCCCCAGUGGCUUCUGAGGUUUGUUUGGUCUUUUAAGUAUAUCUGAAGCUUCUUGAAGAUACUGGUCAUGUUCUUUAACACUCAUUCUCUCUCUCUCUCUCUCUCUCUCUCUCUCUCUCUCUCUCUCUCUCUCUCUCUCCCUCUCCCUCUCUCUCUCUCUCUCUGCUGUGUGUCUGUGUGUUUGUGUCUAUGUCUGAGUAUAUUAUUGUCCCAAUUUUGUCCUUCACUGCAGAACUGCAUGAUCUUAUCUCUUGGGGAUACUUUCUGGUGAGGCUUUUCACUUGGUUGUUUCUUUCAUGUUAAUUUCUGUCUCCUUCCUUUUCCAUGUUUGAAUGCCCUCACUAAAAUCUCCCUCCAUAUAUCUGACUUUCUCCUCCAACUUACCCACUCACUGUUUUGUUCAUUUUGGAGGCUUUAUAUACAGUUCCUAGUUCACUCGUGUAUUUGAGAUUUCUACAUCAACUCUGAAUUCUCAGACAUCUCAGUACUUUUGGUUUUCAUUAAGGAGAGGUUUGUAGUGUGUCCUAGUUCACUGUUGUCUCAUGUUCUUUGUGUUUCUCUGUGGUGUUUUGUGCAUCAGUCAGGAUGAUGAUGUCCUCCAGUUGUAACUCUUUUCCCAACUCUGUUUUGUUUUAUAUAACUGAGCCCUUCUUCAAAGGUCUAUCAGAAAGGAACUGAGAGUAUGAUGUCUUAGGCUCAUGAGUGGUCAGAGGCCUGGUCUGUGCUCUUGCUACCCACUCCAUAUAACACAGAGUGUUCGGACUCUCAAAGGCUAAGAAGCCUCUCAACACCCAGGGAGAGCUGGAAAGGACACGGCUCCUUCCCUCCCUCCCUGUUGGCUGAAUAUGCCAAAUCUGCCCCACCUCCUUCCUCUACUCCUGUCCAUGGCUAUAAACACCUGACCAUAUACUAAAGGAAGCUGUGCUGGUGAAUGGUGAACCUUGCCUUGCUACCUGCCUUCCUUCUCCUUUUCUGUAGCUCUUGACUCCUUUCUUGAUUCACCUCUCCCAUCUCCUCAGGGACCUGCCCUCCAGCACCAUCAUCCUGAGAGAUAUAUAUCUGUACUUUGUACAGCCUGAACCACCAAAAAGACACACACACAAUUCUUCCUCUGGCUUCUGAGAGGCUCCUUAAAGGUGCUAACUCCUGAGAUCACUCUCCCCAGUGUGUCCCCUCUCAUAACUUUCUUCUCAUCCUCAGAACACAUUUCCAUUAUCUAUUGUACCAACCAAAAAGAAAUAUGUACUUCUUUUGAAAAGAAAAUUAUAGUCUGUUUAGACACGUCUUGCAGCUGUGUCACACAUGCCUUUGUUGAUAUGCCUUCUUCUUUCUUUAGACAUGUUUGACCAGAGUGGGAGCUGUGGUGGGACAGGACAGGUGAGGAUCCUAAAGCCUGUCAGAAGUCCCUCCCCCACUCCAGUCCAGCUAGACACUCUUCUUACAAAUUGUUCCUGUCUGUACACAUGCAUAUGCAUAGACAAAUCCCCCUACUCUACCAGCCUGGUGAUCCCACAGGAAUGAGCAGCGCCUGCUGGCCACAUUCCUACCGUCUGCACUGUUACUUUGAGGUAAAAUCCUACCCUAGAAUGAACAAAGGCUGGUGAAAGUAGGGCAGAUUAAGGCAGCUUAUGUCCUUGUAGAUGCAAGUUUCUAUUUCAGCUACUAGGUGUUUUCUUUGCUGUUUUGUUUUUUAAUGUAGCGCUGGUAGGCUGUAAGCCAGCUAUUGUGAGUAAGGCUUUAGCUGUUAAAGUGGCUGUGAGCAUUAGUUUCACUGACUUUACUUUAGGGCAGUGGUUCUCAGAACAUGGUUCAAGAGCAACAUCAGCAGCACCAUCACCUGGAGAGCUUGCUAGAAAUGUACUCUCUUGGCCAUCCCAACCUCCUGAGGUGGCCACUCUGAAGGUGAGCUUUAACUAAUAGUCUCUGCUGCUGGUCCACACAUGAGAGUCCCUAGAGGACAGGCUGGGAGCAUCUUAGCUCUGGGGUGACACCAAUUACUUUAAAUGUUUUCUCUGCCUUAGAAUUGAUGUUUUUAUUUUCCCGGUCCUUCCCUCUACUUCCAUUAAAAUGGCCACCACCACAUCACUCAUCUCAAAUUCUAGGUUGGUUUUCCUUCUAGUCUUAGCUCUAAAACUUUUGCCUGCACUGGUCUGGGCAGGACUUAAUCAUAUUUCCUUGCAGGCUACUAGUUCUGCAUUCUUGGUGACAUUACCAGCAGGAAGGCCAUGAGUGGCAGUGGCACACACCUUUGAUCCCAGCUCUUGUGAGGGAAGCAGAGACAGGAAUAUCUCUUUGUGUUCAAGACCAGCCUGGUCUAUAUAGGGAGUUCAAAGCCAAUCAUAGCUAUGCAGUGAGACCCUGUCUCAAAACAAACAACAAAAUCAGCAAGAGCCUUGGUUGUCCAUUUCUUCCCUGUGUACACACCACAUCUCUUGCAGGAAGAUUAGCCUCCACCCCCACAGUGGAGCCUCCUACAUCCUGAUAGAGUAUAUGUUGAGAAGAAAGCCAUGUGUAUCUAUGAAUAUAUCUCUGUCUUCUAUAUCCUUUUGACAUGUAGCAAUACCUCUCCAUCCUCAAGGAACUCGACCUAGUCUGGAUCUUCCCAGGCUCCAGUGGUAGACUCUUGACAGGUGGGAGGAUACAGUGCUCUGGGCUGUUUUGUUACAAAAGUGUCUUCUGUCCUUUCCCUCCACCCAAUUCAGCAUGACCCCUGUGAGCAGGCUCUCACAAUCUCCUGGGGCGGGGCUGAGGCAGGGGCUUUCAGCUCUUCUCCAUAACCAUCCCUUCUCCCUUCCCCCAUGCCAUUUAGCAGUUAUCACCCAGCCUUGCCUUCUCCCUCCAUCCUUUACCCUGACAUAUACUGUGCCUUAUUUAUGCUGCAAAUAUAACAUUAAACUAUCAAGAGAA